CAGUGCAGAAUGAAGGUCCCAGGAGGAAAGAUCACAUGGUUUUCUUUGCCCUGUGACGUCACCAGCAGAUGGCAUGGGUACCAGCUCUGGCAGUUGGCAUCAAUGUCACUUUUUAGAGAUCAAUGAGAUAGUACAGAUAUACACAUAUCUAGACUCCAGGAGACGAUGCGACAUUCAGAUUGAAAAGAUUUGGAAGAAACCAAUUAAAUGAAAUCUGUUAAUUGAAUCAGAAUUUUAAGGCCAAGAACACACGUGCACAAUUGCAGUCAGAAUCCUGAAACCAUUCCUGUCAAAUAUUAGCUGGAGGGAAACGUCUGCUCCUUGAAGGACACAGAUGCCACAGUAAACUUAGGUAACAUAAAAUUAUAACAUCAUGUUAACACUACCGUUUGACGAAUCUGUUGUAAUGCAAGAGUCCCCGAUCUGCAGAAAUCUUUCCAGAGAAAAUGAAGACCAAAAGCAAAAUAAAAAGCCAGAAAUCUUUGUAAAACAGAUUAUGCACCAAGGAACAAAUUUUGAAAGAUCUCCAGCAGAAUACACAGAAAAAGAGGAAGUAGAUGACCGAGAGGAAGAGGAUGAAAAUGGUUUACCCAGGAGGAGAACUCUUCGGAAAAAAAAAAUGACCAAGAUGAGAAUGGAUAGGGUCAAAUUUAGGCGUCAGGAAGCAAAUACCAGGGAAAGAAAUAGAAUGCACGGCCUGAAUGAUGCACUGGAUAAUUUAAGGAAAGUGGUCCCUUGUUAUUCCAAAACACAAAAGCUGUCUAAAAUUGAAACUUUAAGGCUGGCAAAAAAUUACAUAUGGGCUCUUUCAGAAAUCUUACGAAUUGGCAAGAGGCCUGAUCUGCUGUCAUUUGUCCAAAAUUUGUGCAAAGGUCUCUCCCAGCCAACAACAAACUUGGUGGCAGGAUGUCUACAGCUGAAUGCCAGAAGUUUCUUAAUGGGUCAGACAGGAGAAACGGCCCAUCACACCAGAUCUCCCUACUCUACUUUCUACCCACCCUAUCACAGCCCAGAGCUGAACACUCCCGCAGGUCAUGGAACACUUGACAGUUCCAAGUCCAUGAAACCCUACAAUUAUUGCAGCCCAUAUGAAUCUUUCUAUGAAAGCACAUCUCCUGAGUGUUCUAGCCCACAAUUCGAAGGCCCCUUAAGUCCUCCCCCGAUUAACUAUAAUGGGAUAUUCUCCCUCAAGCAAGAAGAAGGUUUGGACUAUAGCAAAAACUACAAUUAUGGUAUGCAUUAUUGUGCAGUGCCACCCAGGGCUCCCCUUGGGCAGAGUUCUGUAUUCAGGUUGCCUACAGAGAGUCACUUCCCUUACGACCUACAUCUGUGCAGCCAGUCACUCACCAUGCAAGAUGAAUUAAAUGCAGUUUUUCAUAAUUAAUGAGGAAAGUGAAAAUAAACAGUGGUCAUUCACCUCUCUGUCUAAUUAAGAUAAAGCAGAUGCUUGUGCUCUGGUUAAUUGAUGCAACUCUAUUAAAAAUCUGUUUGCUAGGUUCAAAAGUGUGUCAACUGUUUGUUUCUAUGUAGAACCAAUAAUAAUAAAUAAGAAUAAUUUAUAUUUAAUCCAGUUUGGAUCCUGGUAAGCACUGUGAAAUUUUGUUUUCAAUGUUUUUUUUUUAAUAAUAAUUUUCUUUCUUUUCCUCCACAGUUGCUUGAUUUUGUCAAGCAAGGUGUUGAAAUAAAAAUGGUUGAGCUGAUUAAACUUACAUUGUAGAAAGUCUACAACUCUGUUUAAAUUGUACAGUCAUUAUAUGAAUGCAUGCUGCUCAGAUCUGAUGAGUUUAAAAUGAUGUAUUUAUAAAAAUUAGAAAUGAUAUAUUAUGUAUUGGGGAAGAAGUAAAUUUUUAUUUUAAAUUUUUGGAGGUUUUUUUUAAAAGGAAAACUGUUGUAAGCAUCAUGAGACAUGAGAAACAUGAUGCAGGAAUAUUUUAAGCUAUGCAAAAAAAAACUCUAAGCAAAGUGCAUCUAAAUAAAAUAAAGGGUAGUCACUGUUUUCCAGUUGAAAUCUGAAAGAAUUGCUGGCUGGAGCUACUUAUAAUUCUUGAUUUUUUAGUUUUGCAUACAUUUUAAUAUAAAACUCACAUUGCACUUCUUUUGUAUUAUUCUGCCUUCACUUGUAGAAUUUGUAUAACAGUGUUUUUGAUCAUGACAUCAGUUAUGACAUACUAAAAUCAUAUGGUCACAUCAGUGGACUAUUGCUGUCUUCUUUCUGUGGGAUGUUUCUAUUCAUAGGCUAAAAUGUUAAUAUUUACUAAUAUAAAUCAAUUAUUAAAUCAGAUCCUAUGAAAUAAAUGAAUCAAGUCAGAGCAUUUAAAUCAGAGUGCUAAGGCUUGACAAUAAAAGUAAACUAUAAAGCUGACUGAUGACUGGAAGUCCUUGUGGAUGUAAUUCUUCAAGGAUUGCUUUUUUAAUUCUUGCUACAAACUUGAUUUGUACUAAAUAUGGCAAAUUAUGUAUAGAGAUACAAUGCAUGAUUAGGAUUACAGCAGAUUACAGUAUUAGAAUUACAAU